AUGAGUUUUUCCGACGCGGUAUUCAAACUCUACCAGAAAGAUGGGAGAAAGUUGCAGCUGCCAAUGGCUAAACCUUACGCACAAUACGCUCGAUUGUAUCAACAACAAACAAGAUAUCCACCGCAAGGAUUUUAUCUACAGCAAGCAUGCUAUCCAUCACAACAAUUCUUCCCUCAACAACAAAUGUCAUAUCCAACACAAACACCUUAUCAAACACCAUACGCACCACAAACACCUUAUCAACCACCUUACGCAUCACAAGCACUUUAUCAACCACUAUACGCGCCACAAACAUUUUACCAACCACCAUACGCACCUCAAACAACGUACUCCCCGAAUUAUUAG